UUCAUCACUUUCAUAUCUAAGCUACUAGCUACUUUCCCUUGACUUACUUUGUCCCGACACCUUUGUCAACGUUGAUAGCUGACGUCCUGGGAAUUGGUAAAGCUUGUUACAUCUUUUGUUAAACCUCUUUAUCAUCGCCCACACCAUCGCCGCUGUUGAGUCAGCCGUCAUCGUCCCAUCUCGAUCAACCGAAAUUUCUCUUGUUCCUUUUUCCUUCCUUCCUCCUGAGUUGCAUCAAAGCCACCUAUCAGAAUGUCCACCGUCCCCAAGCAUCGUCAGCUACCUGACAAAGAGUCCAAGCUUUUCAAAGAGCUCAUUGCUCAAUAUGAAGUCAAGCAAUACAAAAAGUGCAUCAAAGCAGCGGAUACCAUACUCAAGAAACUCCCCAAUCACGGAGAAACCCUUGCACUCAAAGCUCUCAGCUUGCACUCAUCCCUUCCCAUGCCUCCCACUGUCGCCAGUUUGCCCAAACAGGAAGAAGCCGAGGCAAUGGCUCGAACUGCUGUCAAAAAGGAUAUCACUAGUCAUAUCACCUGGCAUGUCCUUGGUAUCCUUGCGAAGAACAGAAAAGAUUGGGAAGAGGCGUCAAGAGCAUUUGCCAUGGCUAGAAAGCAAGAUUCCGAAAACGUUCCCGUUCUUCGCGACAUCAUGUCCCUAUACAUGCACACUCGACAAUAUCCAGCCGCCGUGGCAGCAAGACAUCAUUAUCUCCUCAUGCGACCGCAGAUACGUAGUUCGUGGUUGGGUCUCAUGAUCGCACAUGAUUUAAAUGGGGACAUUGAAGAGGCUCUCCAGGUGUAUGAUGGAUAUGUCAGCAUGGUAUAUAAGGAAGGGAUGUCCCCAUCUGAGCAUAGUCAGGUGUGCUUGUAUGUCGUGAGACUGUGUAUGGAGGCGGGAUUGGAUGUUCAGGGGUUGGACAGAUUGGAGAAGGCAUUCAGAGAUGGUGUCGUCAGUCCAAGAGGGGAAGCGACCAAGCUGAAGGCUGAGAUGUUGUUGAGAUUGGGCAAAAAGGAAGAAGCCGAGGAGAGUUGGAGAGUAUUGCUCGAGCAGAAUUCGGAUAGUCAUGAUAAUUACAAAGGGUUCCUACGGACGCGUGGAUUGUCAAUUUCUCCAACACUCGACGACACAUCUCGAGAGAAGGUCGCCGAAAUUUUGGCUGGGUUUGCUCAGAGCUAUCCUCGAUCAUCGGCCCCGAAACGUAUGCAACUUGAUGUCCUUCAAGGCGACGCUUUUCGAUCAUUUGCCCGACCGUACAUCAUCACCGGUCUUGAAAGAGGUAUCCCCUCACUCUUCGUAGACGUCAAGGGAGUCUACGAAGACGUAGCCAAGAUGCAAGCAGUGGGAGAAUUAGUUGCGGACAUAGUUCAACAAUUAGAGAAAGAAUCGUCACUGGAAGAAGAUACCACAGAACCACCUACGACCCUCUUAUGGGCGUAUUACUACUUCGCUCUUCAUCUUUCCCAUCCCUUACACCCUGAACCGAAUCAUUCUCGCUCGCUGGAGUUGCUCGAAAUCGCCCUCAAACAUACCCCCACAUUGCCGGAAUUAUACAUGGCCAAGGCGAUCGUGCUGAAACGAUCGGGGGAUCCCCUGACUGCAGCGUAUGCCAUGGAGGAGGCUAGGUCGUUGGAUCUGCAAGAUCGGUUCUUGAAUAGUAAAGCGGCCAAAUAUUGGUACAGAGCUGGACAGAUCCAGAAAGCUGAGGAGUUGCUGGCGUUGUUCUCCAAGAAAGGCGCGCCUGUCGUGACCGACCAAACGGACCUUCAAUGCCUGUGGAUGAUGCAAGAAGAAGGUGAUGCUUAUCGUCGUACUGGCAACCUCGCCUUGGCUCUCAAACGCUAUCAAUCGGUCUUCACUACUUUUACUGAUUACGACGAUGAUCAAUUCGACUUUCAUACGUAUUGCAUGCGUCGUAUGACGCUUUCUUCUUACAAAUCCUUGAUCAAGUACGAAGAUCAGCUCAGAUCACAUCCUGCCUACAUUAAAUCCGCUAGAGAAGCCAUAGAGAUUUACAUGAGGAUAUCUGACGAUCCUUCUUUGACCGAGGAACAUUUGACGCCGGAGGAAGAAGCAGAGCGCAAAAAAGCUGCCAAAAAGGCACAGAAGGCCGAACAAAAAGCUCGAAAAGCUGCCGCAGCGACGAGUGAUGGGAAGAAAGAAGAUCAACCGAUUCCUGAUGAUGAUCCCACAGGAGAGAAGUUGUUAAAGACGGAGACACCACUGGAAGAUGCGUUGAAGAUUUGGAAACCGCUUGAGAAGUUUGGAAAUGAGCGGAUCGAAGUGUGGACGAUGGGAUAUGAGAUUUAUAUCAGGAAGAAGAUGUGGUUAGCGGCACUACGUUGUCUCAAAGAAGCGUACUCGAUCGACCCCGAAGAUCCCACAUUACAUAAACAGCUCUACAACUUUAAACAUCUUUCUCAAUCGACCGACAUACCUCCGAUGAUAAAAGAAACAAUCUCUACCGUCCUCCCUUCCCUCAUAUCUGGUGAUUUGGAAGAUUUCAACAAAUCUUACCUUGACCGUCAUUCAAAUUCCCCUACCCACAUCCUCUCUGCUGCUCAAGCAUUGCAUGAGAUCCAACCUACCUCGGAAGAAAUAAUCACCAUUUUGAACCGAUUGAUUUCUCCUGAUGUUCGGAUCAACAUUCAAGUAAUACUCAGAGCUCUGGAGUUUCUUCAAAGUGCCGUACCGGAUGUAGUGGAGGAAUAUCGGGGUAGAUGUCGAGAGAGAUUUCCUUCCGCUUGGAUUUUUAGUAGUUUGAGCGAACAAGUUGUCAGAGCGGAACAGAUGGCUCUGAGUGUUGGGAGUGGUGAGGAACAGUCAAAAGCAGACGUAUGAUCUUUGACAAUUACGAUGAAUUGAUCUGAAUGCAUAUCGUAUUCCAUC